CAGCGGGAGCCAUGGCUGGGGAUGUCGGCAGAGGCCUGCGGGACGCGCUCACUUGCCCCGUUUGCUCGGACCUUUUCCGGGAUCCGGUGAUGGUCUCCGGCUGCGGCCACAACCUUUGCCGGCCCUGCGCGGCCAAGUGCUGGGGGCGGCUGGAGAGGAGCCUGCGCUGCCCCCAGUGCCUGGAGCCCCUCCCGCUGCAGCGGCUGCUCCAGCCCAACGCGCUUCUGGGGAGCAUCGCCGAGCGCAUCCGCACGCAGGGCGGGACGCGGCUGGAAUGGGCUCCGGCUCCGGGCGACGGCGCGAAGGGACGGAGCCCUGGGCAAGGAGGAUCCACGUCCAGCAUUGCGCCUGGUUCGGCCCCGAUCGUGGGAACGGCAACGGGGGUGUUUUGGGGAAUGUCUGGAGAGACACUGGCGCACCAGGCUUCUUUGAGAAAAGAGGGAGAAGCCAAAACUAAUGAAAAGCAGCAAUGGGAGGAGCUGCUGAAGCAGAUGGAGGCGGAAGAGCAGCAGGUUAUCUGGGAAUGGAAGGCGCUGCGCGAGUAUUUGGCGGAGUGGGAAAGGCAUUGGCUGACCCAUUUGGAAGAGCUCAAGAGAGACAUUGUCCGGGGAGGCUCUGAGCAAGUCUCCAGAGUGGCCAGCGAGGGUCCCCUGCUGCAGGAACUGCGUGGGGAGCAAGGAAGAGAGCAGCCGCCGAGCCAAUGCUUGCGGGGUGUUGGAAGCAGUGGGAGCAGCAUGGAGGAUGGAGUGCUAAAGACAGACCUCACCGUGGCAGAGCUGAAGCAGAGGCUCAGCAAUUUCUCCCAGAAACGGGCCGUCCUGCAAGAGGCGUUGCUGCAAUUGAAAGAAGAUCUCCAGCUGGAAAUGGACGGAAAUGGCUACAGAAUAGCAUCAUCCUUUCAGUCCACACUCAUCCACCCUCCCCAAGAAGACGGCAGGGAAACAUCUGCAGCAGAGAUGAUUCAGAGAAACACUUCUGAAAAACACCGUGUACCUGAUGAAGAAACAAAGGGGCCCUUUUUCGACAGACCUUCUAAUCUACAGGAAUUGACAACCUUCAAGAGAGCCUCUGUGCUUUCACAAGGAUCGCAGUUGGACUUCCCUGCUAUUCCCAGGAGGAUCAAGGAAGAGGAGGAGGAAGCUAGCAUCAUUGCAGACAUGACACUAUUGGAUGCAAUUAAGGAAGAGAAUCCUCCGCAUAGUGGUCCUGAGACAGUGGUACCACCUGUCACAAGAUGGCAAAGGUCAGAAGGCACCACUUCCCAGAGCUGUGUGCAGAGAGAUGCAAGCCAAACCGCCUUUGCGCCCAAGGGGCAGCAGGGAUACCAUCUGGCGAAGAACAGUGGCCAGUCUGCUUGGUCCAAGCGCGGCUGUGGAGAUGCAGCCGUUCGAAAGAGGAAUGAGAAAUGUUACCCGUGCCCUGAAUGUGGCAAAACCUUCCGGCAGUUCGGGGUCCUGAUCACGCACCACCGCCUGCACACGGGCGAGAAGCCCUACAGCUGCGCGUACUGCGCAAAGGGCUUCAGCGAUUACUCUAACCUGAUUGCCCACCAAAGAACCCACACCGGGGAGAAACCCUACCGCUGUGCCGACUGCGGGAAAAGCUUCACGCGUAGCACGACCCUCACCAUCCACCAGAGAGGCCACACGCGGGAGAAGCCCUACCCCUGCCCUCAGUGUGGGAAGCGCUUCAGCCGGGCCUCAAACCUCACUAUCCACCAGAGAACUCACGCAGGAGAGAAAAAACACACGCCGCGGUCCUGACAAAGGGGGAAAAUGAACACACAGCUCGGGCCUGAUCGAAUGCACCAGGAAACCCAAGCAAGGAGGCCCAAUGAGCCAAGCCACUGAACAAUCUAUUGGCAUGUGCGCCUUCGAAGGUUCAGCCCACGCUGAGUUCCCUGGCUGAGUAACCCUUGCUCUGUGUCAACUGGAUUGUUCUUCCUUGCAGAAAGCCAACUUUUCAAGAUUAGGAAUCGAAACCCUUUAAAGGUCAUACAAAUAGACAAGAGCGUUUUUUUGGCUGCUGCAGCUUACUUCGUAAUACUGUCGGGGUGAGGAGAAGUCAAGCCCGCCUGGAUUCCUUCCUCUUACCAGCUGCCAUGGGUGACUGGGGAGUAGGGCAAAAUGUGACUCAAUUCAGGACCUUGUGCGGUUGUCUUGAUAUUGUUCUCACCCACCUUGAGCUCUUGGGAUGGGGCAGGAUGUAUACUCAAGAAGACAGAUAAAGACGAGGAAGGGCUGUAGCUCAGUGGUAGAGCGCCUGCUUUGCAUGCAGAAGGUCCCAGGUUCGAUCCCUGGCAUCUUCUAGUAAAGUUGAGAAAGGUCUCCUGUCUGGAACCCCACAGAGCUGCUGCCAGGCUGUAGACCAGCAUUUUCUAACUUGGUACUUUCCCAGAUGUCUAGCAUGGUCAAAUCCUAUGCUGGCUGAGGAUGAUGGGAGUUGUAGUCAAACACAGAUAGAGAGGGUAAGAUUAGGGAAGAUUGAUGUAGACAGUACUGUGCUAGAAGGAUCAAAGGUCUGACUCCGUAUAAGUGGGGUGACCAUACAGAAAGGAGGACAACACUCUUGUAUCUUUAACAGUUGUAUAGAAAAGGGAAUUUCAGCAGGUGUCAUUUGUAUAUAUGCAGCACCUGGUGAAAUUUCCUCUUCAUCACCACAGUUAAAGCUGCAGGCACUAUACUAAAGAGGGCAGGGCUCCUACAGCUUUAACUGUUGUGAUGAAGGGGGAAUUUCAC